CUGAGAACGUUGCAUUGAGGGAGAACAUUCUUUCCUGACGCUCACUAGGGGUCUGGGUGGCUGCAAUUUAGGAUAGGUAAUCUGGUAAUCAAGCAUGGCACAGGUCGCCACGUACGCAUAAAGGGAGGGCGUAGCUCGGCAGAAUGGCAACCAAGGGGAAACAAAAGGCCGCCACCGCGGCGCCGGGGGAUGAUGGGCCGACGUUGGAGGAUCUCUACACGAAACUGGAUGGCCAUGUCAAGAAGAACGAGUUCAAGCGUGUCGUGAAGGCAGCUGAUGAGAUCCUCACAAAGGCGCCCGGUGACCGGGACGCUUUUGCCGCCAAGGUGGUUGCACUGGUCCAGCAAGGCGAGAUCGCUGCCGCCAUCGCCCUUAUCCAGGGGAAGGCAAACCCUGGCGCCCCUCUUCUGCUUGAAAAGGCAUACUGCCUGUACCGUAACAACCACCUGACGGAGGCCCGCGCCGUUCUCGAGAAUGCGGAGCCGACGGAGGCAGUGCUGCAGCUGCUGGGGCAGGUGCUGUAUCGCAUGGGGGAGCACUUGCAGUGCAUCAGCACGUAUGAAAAGCUUCUCGAGAUCGCCCCGGCCGCCUCCCCCGAGGUCAAGACCAACGUCGUCGCCGCGUACAUCUCCGGGGGCCGGUCGGAAGAAGUCCCCGCCCUAGUUACCCGGCUCAAGAUCCGCCCCCGCGACAGCUUCGACCUCGCCUACAACGCAGCCUGCGCGAGCAUCGACCGGGGGGAUCUACCGGGCGCCGAGGAGCUGUUGCUUUUGGCGCAGAGGGUCGGACGGGAGACGCUGAUCGAGGAGGAGCUGCCGGAGGAGGAGGUGGAGGACGAGCUGACGCCACUGAUGGUGCAGUUGGCGUAUGUGCAACAAUUGCAGGGCAAGGUACAAGAGGCGAUGGAGGGGUACCACGGGGUGCUCAAGCGGCGGCCGUCGGACGCGCCGUCGGCUGCUGUUGCGUCCAACAACCUGAUCACGCUGCGGGGGAAGAAGGACCUUUUCGACUCGCUCAAAAGGUUCGACCGCCUGAUUGAGAAGGACGCCGCAGGCAAGCCCCGCUUUGCGGACGCGCUCGCGCUCAAGCUGAGCCCGCGCCAGAAGGAGGCCCUGUUUUUCAACCGGUUCCUGCUGUUGCUCCACUCCAACAAGCUGGACCAGGCGCGGGAGCUCGUCCCCGCCCUCUACGAGGCCUUCCCCGGCCACGACACCCCCGCGCUGCUGCACGCGGCACUGCUGCUGCAGGAGAAGAAGGCGAACCAGGCGGAAGAGCUGCUGACGGAACAAAAGGAAAAGAGCGAGGGCGGCUCGAUAGCAGCGCAGCUGGUGUUAGCUCAAGCGGCGGCUCUCACGGGAAACUUCAGAAAAGCCGCGGACGUGUUGGGGGCGGUGGAUUCCAUCCAGCAUCAACCGGGCACUGUGGCCACUCUAGUUGCAUUGCGCGAGCGGUCAGGAGAUGUGACCGGGGCAGAGGCGGCGCUUGAUGCGGCAAUCAGCUGGUGGGACUCGCACAUGGGCGAAGUGGACGCGGCUCAGAUUGUGCAAACGCUCACCUGCGAGGCCGCAGACUUCAAGCUGCGCAACGGCAGGCACCGGUCCGCUGCCGACACGUACAAAUGCCUUGUCCGGAGCCCCAUUCCAACUGUCCGAGCGGACGCAAUCACGGGUCUGGUAGCGAGCACAGCCCACUUCGAUCCUGCCGCUGCUGAAAGUUACGAAGGGGAGCUGCCGCCGCUGCCGGGCGUUCAGGGUUUGGACGCGGCCAGUCUGGAGCGGACGUCGAGUGCGGCCGCCCCGGCGGGGGCUGCAGCCGGGAAGAAGGGAAAGGGCGCGGGAGACGGGGAGGCGGUCGGGCAAAAGCGUGCCGGUGCAGACCUCGAAGGGAAGAAAAAGAAGCGGAAGAAGAAGGUACGGUAUCCGAAGGGGUACGACCCGGCGAACCCGGGGCCACCCCCCGACCCAGAACGGUGGCUGCCACGGCGGGAACGAGCGAGCAACAAGAAGCGAAACAAGAAGAAGGAGGUCAACGUGCGUGGGGCGCAGGGGGCCGCGUCCAAGGACGCCACUUUUGCAGCCGCAGAAUCGUCGGCGCCCGAACCGGCUAAGGCGGCCGCGGCCGCGAAGCCGACCCCGCCACCGUCCGCCGGAAACAAGAACAAGAAAAAGGGCAAGGGACGGAAGUAGCAGACCGGAGGUUUGCUUGUGAGUAAUAACGUGGGAGCUGUGGCGGAUAGUGAGUGUGAGACGAAGGGAGUGAUGGAGGGAGGCGCUUGUGCAAAGGAUGCACGAUCCCUCUUCGUUAACGAAAUCAAGGGAAGAGGAAGGAUGCAAGACAUUUUUUCGACGUACGAGACCUGGGGGAGAGGGAAGAUGUCAGUAGUUGAGAGUUGGCCAUGUCAGAAGCGAGCUUGCGAAAGACAGGGCGAUGAUUGAGAGGGCUGCGCUAGGAUGGCGCAUUCGAGAUCGUGAUUGCUAAGCCUGGAGGGCCCACCGUUGUGUCGCGGAUGCGCACUCUUUGAAGUGAAUGGCUUACAUGAUUGAUCGCGCUUCUAAAGGAGAUUCUUAGGGGUUAGCGAGAUUGCUGCCUUCAUGUUUUAACUCUGAUCCGUCCUGACUGUACUAAAGGGCCGUCGGUGCUCUUUCAGGAACUAUGUUCGGC